CUUUAAAGAAAUAAGAGAUGACCUGUCUGAAUGAGGACGUGCGGCAUCGUCCUUUGAGAUUCGGGAGGGAAGAAUCUACAGGACAGACUAAGAGAAAAUGAGGGGCUACUCAAUAAAUGCUUUAAGGGGAAAUAAGAAAGCCUGGCACGGUGUAGUCGUGAUGUGAUUUGCCGGGAGAAGUUCAGACGAGUUUACGUUCGCACACCAGAAAGAGGAGUCACAAGGUGCUCCUGGGAGAGAACGCGGGAGUGCAGGAGGAGUUGAUCCCUAAUGGCUGACGUCCUGGACACCGGAGCGACGGGAGCCGCGGGGGCGGCCGCCACUACCUCCACCGCCGGCGGAAACGUGGACUGGCAGAAGAGAUGCAUCACCCUGGAGAUGCAGCUGCUGAGGUUCCGGCUCCAGGCGGGGAAAAUUCGCGAACUUCUCGCCGAAAAGAUGCAGGAGCUGGAGAUAAGAGUGACAGAGGCCGACCAGCGAGCAGAGACUGCAGAGAAACAGGUGCGCUUGAUGGAAGAGAAACUGAAAUCAGCUAACGUGCAGCCCAGCGAAUCAGAGAACUCCCUGUGCCUGAGGCUUCAAGAGCUCACCAAUCUGGUGCAGGACAGAGAUGGCGUGAUCAAGCAGCUGGAGGCACAGCUGGAGAAGCAGAAUAUGCUUCGGGCCCAGGAGGCGAAGAUCAUUGAAGAAAAAGCCUCCAAAAUCAAAGACUGGGUCACUUUUAAGUUACGAGAGAUGGAGAUGGAGAACCAGCAGCUGAAGCUCGCAAACCUCAAGCAGGCAGAACAGAUCCUCAACCUCCAGGACAAACUGCAAUUGCUCCAGGAGGGACCCUCCUCUCCCACUGCCCCCUUGUCUCCCAGCCUUGAUGCCCACCUGGUGCCCUCCAGCCCGCUCUACCCGCCCAGCUGCCCUGGCACCCCGCCUGCUCUGGAGGAAGGCUGGAGGCACACGCCCUCAGGAGGCUCCGCUACAGAAGCAAAGAAGAAAGCCUUGGAGGUGACCGACAGCUCAUCCCCUGUGGACAAGAUGACUGCAUCCAAGAUGGCGGACAGUGCCACUCAGGGCCGAGGUAGAGGGGUCGUCAGCGCCUCUCCCAGCACCGCCACUGCGGUGGACCCCCCCAGCCGGGACCACUCGUCGGACGAGCUCAACAGCAAGUUCCGCCUGCAGCGCCUCCGCUCCUCCUCUUCCACCUCCUCCUCCUCCACCUCCUCUUCCUCCUCCUCCGCCUACGAGAACCCGCAGGCCGCCCUGCUGCUGCUGCCCGUGGAGGCCCCGGCGGCUGCCCUCGCAGGCCCUCUCCGCACGGCCGUCGGCACCUCCUUCUCCCUGCCCGUGGGCACCAGCAUGACCCUCCCCAAGGUGCGCACCCCGCUGAGCCCCCGCGACAGCAUCCAGCUGCUGAAGAAGCACCAGAGCCAGCCGCAGCCGGGCCUGGAGCGCUUCCACCAGGUCAACGUCAGCAUCGACAUCGGGGCCGGCGUACCGCUGCUGGCUCGGAGCCUGUCCCAGGGGCCCACGGCGGCCGCAGUGGCCCCGCCGCAGGUGGAGGAGACAGACAUCGACGACGGCAUGGAGGGGGUGGAGGAGGGGGCUCAGGCAGAGGCCAUGCAGCCCCGCGCUGGAGGACCAGUGUCUAUCGGGCUGGUGAAGGAGUGCCUGGAUCCAGAUGCGGUGAAGCCCCCGACACCACCGUUACACCGCUUCCCUGCCUGGGAGAGUCGUAUCUACGCUGUGGCCAAGUCCGGUAUGAGAGUGUCUGAAGCCAGUGCUGGUGCUAAGGGUGCAGCGUCCAGCCUGUCCCAAUACCCUGCAGUUGGUCCGUUUACUCACCUGAUGUGUAAGAACAUUAGUGUACCUGUCUACACCACCCUUAAAGGGAAAGCCACACAGAUCAGUAGCUCACCCCUGGUGGAGGACGACUCGGGCUCUGAAGACGACACCAGCUCCCUGGGCUCCUUGCGGAGCUCCACGCUGGGGCUCGACCGCAAGGGCAGCACUCCCAGCAGCCCCCGCGCCCUCAAGCGAGGGGUGUCGGUGUCCUCCAUCAGCUCAGAGAGUGACUAUGCCAUCCCACCGGAUGCCUGUUCUCUGGACAGUGACUACCUGGAGCCUGAGCACAAAGUGCAGCGCACCUCCGCCUACUCCUGUGAAAGCACUGGGCCGGAGAUGCUGGAGAAGUCGGGCUAUCUGCUGAAGAUGGGCAGCCAGGUGAAGGCCUGGAAGCGGCGCUGGUUCACCCUGAGGAAUGGAGAGAUCCUCUACUACAAAUCACCAAGUGACGUCAUCAGGAAGCCCCAGGGACACGUGGAGCUGAACGCCUCGUGCUGCAUCGCCCGUGGAGAGGGGGGGCAGACGUUCCAGCUCAUCACGGACAAGAAGACCUUCUACCUGACAGCCGACUCCCCCAACAUUCUAGAGGAGUGGAUCCGGGUGCUGCAGAAUGUGCUCAAGGUUCAGGCCACCACUCCUGUUUCCAUGGAGACCGCAGUUAAGCCAACCGUGCGUGGUUGGCUGACAAAGGUCAAACAUGGCCACUCUAAGAUGGUGUGGUGUGCUCUCAUUGGGAAGGUGUUCCAUUACUACCGCAACCAGGACGAUAAGUUCCCUCUGGGUCAGCUGCGUCUGCGCGAGGCGAGAGUGGAGGAGGUGGACAGGUCAUGUGACUCGGACGAGGACUAUGAGGUCGGGGGGCGUGGCUUCCUGUCGUCCCACUGCACGCUAGUGGUCCACCCCAAAGAUCAGAGCCCCACCUACCUGCUGAUAGGAACCAAGCAGGAGAAGGACACCUGGCUCUACCACCUGACUGUUGCUGCGGGCAGCAGUGCCAGCUUGAAGGUGGGCACUGAGUAUGAGAGGCUGAUUGGCAAACUCCUGGACAUGGAUGGAGACGCAGACGCAGAGCUGUGGAAGCGUCAGGUGCUGUGCUUCAGUAAAGAUGGCCUCCGCUCCCCCCUCACCACCCUGCCCUCGGAAGCCCUGCAGACAGAAGCCCUCAAACUCUUUAAGUCUUGUCAGCUGUUCAUUAAUGUGCUGGUGGAGUCUCCUUCCAUUGACUACCACACCUCGCUGGCCCAGAAUGCACUGCAGGUGUGCCUGACGCACCCCGAGCUUCAGAAUGAGAUGUACUGCCAGCUGAUGAAGCAGACCAACUGCCGCACUCCCAACAACUACUCCCUCACACAGUGUUGGCAGCUGCUGUCGGUGUGUGUGGCCCUCUUCCUGCCUCAGCAACACUUCCUCUGGUACCUGAAGCAGCACCUGCAUCGCCACGGCGACCCCAGGACUGAGGUGGGGAAGUAUGCUGUGUAUUGCCAGCGUUCAGUGGAGAGGACUCAACAGAAUGGGGAGCGCGAGGCCAAACCCUCCCGCAUGGAGAUCGUGUCCAUCCUGCUGAGAAACCCCUACCACCACUCACUGCCCUUCAGCAUACCAGUGCACUUCCUCAACAACACCUACCAGGUGGUGGGCUUCGAUGGCUCCACCACGGUGGAGGAGUUUGUGCGGAUGCUGAACCAGAGAGCGGGCAUGAGGAGCACCCAGCUGUCUGGCUUCGCCCUCUUCACCGAUGACCCCUCAGCCUCCGAGCUGGAGCACUGCCUACAGCCCCACGCCAAGAUCUGCGACAUCAUUUCAAAAUGGGAACAGGCGCUGAAAGAACUGAAUCCUGGGAAAUAUGAGGGGACGCGCAUUGUUCGUCUUACGUACAAGAGCAGACUGUGCUUCCGGGCCCAGGCCAAGGGGGAAACGGAGCGAGAGCGCCUCCUGCUGGCGUACCAGGUGAAUGAGGAGGUGCAGCAGGGCCACUUCCCCGUCAACAAGGAGCUCGCACUGGAGGUGGCUGCCCUCAUGGCACAGGUAGAGUAUAGCGAUGUCGCCCCUUCCACCAGCACCAGUGGGUCAGUCCAGCCCAAGGGCCAGCAGCUUGUGUCUCAGGCACUGGAGCGCUUCUACCCCAAACGCUAUAAACAAGACCUCAGUCUGGAGCAGCUCAGGCAGCUGUGUGAGAGACUGUCCAGUAAGUGGGCCCUGCUGAGAGGGUGCAGCGCGGCCGAGUGCGUCAGGAUCUAUCUGACUGUGGCGCGGAAAUGGCCUCUGUUUGGAGCCAAGCUCUUCAGCGCCAAGCCAGUGCCUCCCUCAUCAACAACAGACCAAUCACAAGUCUGGCUGGCUGUCAGUGAAGAUGGCUUGAGUGUUUUGGACUACACAAUGCACCUGCAGGUCACCUACCCCUAUCAGCCCAUCAUCACCUUUGGAGGUUUCCGUGACGACUUCAUGGUGGUGGUGAGCCAGACCAAGGACCAGGCACAGGCAAAGAAGACUGUGGACAAGUUCAUCUUUGCCAUGAGCAAACCCAAGAUCCUGGAGCUGACCCUGCUGAUGGCCAGUUAUAUCAACUACUGGAGCUCCGCUCCCCCCUCAACCUCCAGCCCUGCCUCCGCCCCCGGCGUCUCCCUGGGGCCUCGUUCAGACAGGAAGCUGUGGAACAUGGACAGCCGCCACUUCCCUGCCAUGACCUACAACACCAAAGGCCCCACGCUGCUGUGAGACGCCCCACAGAGGCGGGGUUGCAGCACGGCCACGGCCACGGAGCGCUUGUAGCGAGAGGUGUGCAAACUGUGUCUUUUUAAAAGAAAAGCUUGAAUUCUGAUGUGAAAGAAUGAGGACUGUCUUAAAGGGAUUUUGUUUGUAAAAAAUAAUCAAUAUUAAAUGUAACAGGAACAGUACUCAAAAAUUCCUCGAGGUAAGUACGACCAAAGAGGCAUUUCAUACGCACAACAGCAUAAUUGGUCCAGAACAUCGUUUUUCAGCCAUUUUCAAGAGGCUGUAUGUCAAAGAUUUCUCCGUCAUGUCUCCCAUUCAGUGGUAUCAGAAAUGACCCGGGGUCAGAGGUCAUUCUGUUGUGGGUUUACCAGCUCCUUAUUCUAAUCCUGUGUAUUUUCUUGGACGUCAGUAAUCUGUGGUUCUAACCACAGUGGGGGUGAUGACAUGAACACUAAUAAUCCAGUCAUGAAGCAAGUUAUCACGGUUAUCCCCUUUUUGUACAUUCAGUUAUUUUGGUAUUAGUUUACUCAAAAUCUGCUCAAAUUCUUUUGAAUAAUUUCUCAUAAUACGUAAUAAAAUACAAUAGGCAAUAGAUCACCUAUUUCAAAGGUAUAUGCAACAUGUGCCAUAUUUCUGCAUUCAAAGUAAGGACAGAAAGAAGAAUGUUGUUUUAAUGUGAUUGUCCAGUAACGACUUUGAGAAUGAGUAUAGGCAUCUACAUUGUGACUGUUCAGUACAAACGAUGUUUGAAAUGGCUGAUUUCCAUCAAACAAAUGGUGAUCAUUCAUAGAGUCAUCUAGGCACAAUUAUGUAGAGCCAUCAAAUUAUUUGUAGCACAUGAAUUCACAUGAAGACUUCCUUAAAGAGAGGAUUUCUGAGAACCACACACAUUUGCAUGUAAACACAUUUAGCAUUAAACGCUGUCACCCCUCUGAAAUGACUGAAGUCAAUCUAAAAACACUGUGAGGUGCCUUCGUAGGUGAUGACGAUACUGGAAGAGCAAUUUCCUUUUUGUAUAGGAACCAAACAGACAUGGAAAUACAGGGGUUUGUAUGUUGUAUAGACUUCAGGAAAGCUGUUCAACAUGGUCUCUUGUGGGAGGUGUACAACAUUUUAAUUUUCUGUUUCUUUUUUGGGGGGGUUGGAUACUCUCUUUGGACCACUAUGUGUUGUCUUGAACAUGUUCCAUUCGAUGUGGAACAAUGUUGUAGCUGUUGUACAUUUCUGUUUGUGUGUGUGCUUUUUACUUAAUAAUAAACUAGUGCCUGCCUAAAUAGUUAACAGUAAAGGUAUGGACAGUUUAGAACCUAGAAACAAAUGUUUCUCUCACCUUGCCAAUAAUGGUUUGAGAAGUGUAGGAAAACCAGUAUAUAUAAAAAAAACACAAAAAAAACCCAUCUGUGAUACUCGGUACAUCUAGGGACCUAUUACAAUUCACCACUGUAAAAACAGUCAGAAGAAGCUAAACACUACUGGUCAGAGCAGGAACAAAGAGCUGGCUCAGGUCAGCUUUCUAGGCUGAAUGUGCUGUUCGAAAGACUGAGUUUUGACCGCUUUGUGCACUUUUUUUUUUAUCACAAAAGCGUGAUUUUGUAAUUUUUACAUCUCAGAUCUUGCAUCAGUCUGGCAGACAGAAUACUGAGCCAUUCUUGACAACCCUGCAUUGUGGCGAAGUGGUAGGCAGAACACCAGAUGAAAUGUGUUUGUGAAUCUAAGCAGUGCUUUAAUCGCUUCAGAGCAUUUGGAACUUGCUUCAUCUGAGCCAGUUUAAAGGGAAACAAAACAUUUAGAAUAAUGAUUGACAGACAACUGGGAUAAAAAUGCUAAUGUCAAAACAGGAACUUGCAAAUGGCACCGUAAUCAGAUUCUCUGAUGACUGGGAGCGCGGGAGACCAAACCAAUCAACUUCAGAGAAUCGGUAUAUAGAUGCUGGCCUCCUGUCUCUCAUAAACCAUACAUCACAAGGCUGCAGGAACAUAGAUUCACCAAAACAUUGCCAUGAGAACGGUACUAGUGACUUGAAUCUGGAUCAAACCACUGUCUUUGUAACUUUUUAUUUAGCUAUUUAUUUGUAUGCCUGUUGUUGUCUUAGUUGAGUUUUGUUGUUUUAGGCCAAAUCACAUGUAAAAAAUAUUUGUUUAAAAAGGGAUGAUUAGGAUAGAAUGGGUAGUUUUGAGUGAGUAUGUAUUGCUCUGAAUUUGAUAGCAGAUGUAUUUAAUACAUUUUACAACAUUAGAUGAUGCUACGACACAAACUGUGUAAAGGUAGUGUGUGUGGUUGCGUUGAUAAAUAAAUGGUUCAGUUCAAAUUCCUGUCUUUGCUGAUUUUGUCACUUCAUUUGUCACAUUUCGCUCUGAGGCCAAAUGGGAACUUUUUAUGCAGUUCUUCUGUGUGCCAUGCUUUGGAUUACCGAGUUUGUUUUCAGAAUCUUGUCUAAUGAGCCGUAUGCCAGGCCAUCAGGCGGUUUUGUAUUUUUGUAUUGUUUUCCAGCUAUAUAAGGGGACUGACUAUCAACGAUGUAUUUUACACUG